CACCGUCCCGCCAAGAUGGCGGCGCGCGGCUGUACGGAAAAGCCGGGCGGGAGUGCCGAGCAAGAUGGCGGCGCGCAGCCGUGCGGAGCGGCGAGCGCGCAGGCGUGCGGCGCGGGGGGCGCGGCCCAAGAUGGCGGCGCCCUGAGCCGAGCCAUGGCGGCGCCGGGAGAGGCCCCGGGAGAGGCGCUCCGGGCCGUGCUCCGGCCCAGCGCGGCGCUCCCGGCCGAGGCCCUCCCGGUGCGCGGCUACGACUUCUCGGGCGGCGCGGACCACGCGGCGCUGCUGCGCUCCUUCCGCACCACCGGCUUCCAGGCCACGAGCUUCGCGCAGGCCGUGGCGGAGAUCGAGCGGAUGAUCGCCGCCAAGCUGGAGCCGCUGAGCGCGGAGCAGCGGGAGCGAGCGGCCAUGGCCGGGCCGCGGCCGCCCUCGGGCUGCACCAUCUUCCUGGGCUUCACCUCCAACCUCGUCAGCUCCGGCGUCAGGGAGAGCAUCCGCUACCUCGUGCAGCGGGGAAUGGUGGACGUGCUGGUGACCACGGCCGGGGGGGUCGAGGAGGAUCUCAUCAAGUGCCUGGCGCCCACCUUCAUCGGGGACUUCCAGCUGCGGGGCCGGGAGCUGCGCCAGAACGGCAUCAACAGGAUCGGGAACCUGCUGGUGCCCAACGAUAACUACUGCAAGUUCGAGGACUGGCUGAUGCCCAUCCUGGACACGAUGGUGGACGAGCAGGACAUGCAGGGCGUGCGCUGGACGCCGUCGCGGGUGAUCGCCCGGCUGGGCAAGGAGAUCAACAACCCCGACUCCAUCUGCUACUGGGCCCAGAAGAACAACAUCCCGGUGCUGAGCCCCGCGCUCACCGACGGCUCCCUGGGGGACAUGAUCUUCUUCCACUCCUACAAACGCCCGGGGCUCGUGCUGGACAUCGUGGAGGACCUGCGCCUCAUCAACACCCAGGCCAUCUUCGCCCACAAGACCGGCAUGAUCAUCCUGGGCGGGGGCCUGGUCAAGCACCACAUCGCCAACGCCAACCUCAUGAGGAACGGCGCCGAUUUCUCCGUCUACGUCAACACGGCGCAGGAGUUCGACGGCUCCGACUCGGGUGCGCGGCCGGACGAGGCCGUGUCCUGGGGCAAGAUCCGCGUGGACGCCACCCCCGUCAAGGUUUAUGCUGAUGCCUCGCUCGUGUUCCCGCUGCUCGUGGCUGAGACGUUCGCCCGGAGCGCCGACGCCUUCGCGGUGCCCGCGGGGACCCCCGAGGCCUGAGGGACCCCUGGGGGACCCCCGAGGCACGAGGGACCCCUGAGGCAUGAGGGACCUCCUAGGCUUGGGGGACCCCCGAGGCCUGAGGGACCCCCAGGGCCUGGGGGAUCCCCGAGGCACGAGGGACCCCCAAAGC